CUUUUUGAUAACAUGAAUAUGUGAUAUAUAUUUAUUUUUUAAGUCGAAGAAAAUGUCUCUCGACUUGAGGUCUUGUAAACGUGGGUAAUAAUUUAUUACUCUUUUAUUUUUUCGAUCUCGAAAUUUAAUAUUAAAGAUAUUUUUGAAGUGAUAUAAAAAAAUAAACAUUUGAUGACAAUUUUAAUAUAACACAAUAUUACCACGUUUAUGUGACUAUAAGACGAGAACAAAAUUCUGUAUAUGCUGUUAUACAUUUAAUAGGUAAGUAUAUAAAAUACAGCGUUUUAAAUCAUAUUUAAAACUACAAAAAUUGUACCAGACUUUGUGGCCUAAUUUAGAUCUCAUUAAACAAUCAUUCAAUUAUCAAAAUGGCUACAGAUGCUCUACGUGUAUUAAGGUGAGAUAUUCAUUUCAUCUUGGGCAAUUAUCAAUACUACAUAAGUAGAUUCUUUAUUAAUUGUAUUUCCUGUUUAGAAAAAGAUCUUUAGAAGAAUAUGAUGAUGAUUAUAAGCCAUUGUCGAAGCGAAUGCACAGUAUGUAUUUGAAGGAUAGUCCAAUUACUAGUGAACAUCUUUUGGCAGACACAAAUGUCUAUGGUGUAAGUAUAUUUCAUUAUUUUUUAUUGUGAUUUUGUAUAAAAAGGUAGUUUUGUUUUAUAGAAUUCAGACUACAUUGUUUUUUAGUUUUGAUCAUUUUAUAUACGUUUUUAAAAUAAAACACCACAAUGUUGUUUUAAUAAUUAAAUGACAAUUAUUGUUCUUUAAGUCCUAACAAAGAAAAUACAUCAAAGUUAAUGAAACACAAAUUCAAUAGGUUAUUUGCAUAAUAUAAUUUAUAUUGUUUCUUUAUUAUGUUAUGGUUACUGGUAGUUAUUCAACUAAAAUUGAUAUAUUACCUAGAAAAAAAAAAAAUUACUUUAAAAUAAUUCUAUUAUGCAAAUGUUUUAUUAUUAAUUACGGAAAUGUAUUCUAUUAAUUUGAUGUAGGUAUCCAAACAUAUUUUGUUAAAAAUGGACAAUUUAUAAUUAUCUGAAUACUUCAAAUUUAGAGUUUGAUUUAUAAUCUACAUAUACAGAAUUGUAUUAAAAACGCGUUUUCUUACGCACGGAUGGUUGAAGCGCAGAGCAUAGUGGACUUAGUGCCUUCUGCCAAUAGAUACUCAAGCAGAACAUUUUAUUAGAUUUAACAACAGCAUAUAUGUGUAUAUUAUAUAGUUUGUAAUAAUCUGAUUUUAAAUCUACAUUAUGCAAUUGAAACUUAAUUUCAAAUUUAUUACUAUUAUCUUCUGUGUGAGGCGAUGGAAAGUUUUUUGUCAUCAUAAUAGAAAACCCUUAUUAAGGGGGAUUGAAAGCUGCGGUUUUCUCUCUAUGUUAAACAUACAUACAUCAUAUGAAAUUAGACAGGAUAAUUCCUGUCUAAUUUAAUUAAGCAAUACAAAUUUUAAUUUUUUUAUUUUAACAUUCUAAAAAUUAAAAUCUAUAAUAUAAUAUUGAUUUAGAUGUGAUAGAUAGAGAAAAUGAGGAAUAGGUAGAUACCCAAAUGUUUCUGUGAAUCUUCUUGCACUAUCCAUUUGUAAAUUAAUGAAAUUUCUUAUCAAAUUUAAUUAUUACAAUAGUAUGUGCAUUCAUAUUUCCAAACAUUAUAGUGUAAUAACUAUUAAAUUCCAAAUGAUCUUUAUAAGUAGGCAAUUAAUGACUUCUUCAGUAAGUUAAGGUUCAAAGUGAAGUAAAAUAUUUAGACUAUGAAACAGUAUUUUGUUUAGGAUCUCGCAACAUCUGACAUCGCCUCUGUACCUAGGUUUUAAUUGUUUCUCCCUACUCAGUUACCAUGAUUUGUAUGGUUUCAGUUUGGCUAACACACACUUGUUGUCAUUCAAUACCCCAGAACCCCUUAUUUCAAUCAUAUUUAUAAAAACAUACUAUCAUCUUAUUACUUUGUAAUAUAAUUACUAUUACAAAACGUAAUAAUUAAAAUUGUAAUAUUUUAAAAACUAAUUUACAGAACGCGUCAACAUCUGUAUCAGCGCAACAUAACCAGCAAUUAACAACUGAUUGUAGUCAAAAUAUUCAACAAAAUAUUAGAGAAGAAGAUACACAAAAUUUACAUUAUGACCCAGACCUGACUUCUGAUCAAAAUCCAUACUACUAUGAAAGUAACAGAUUGUUAUUUGAUCUUUAUGUUGAAAGGGUUCAUCGUCAUGGACAAUAAUAAUUUAAGUUUUCACUUCAAAUAUAUUUUACUCUAAAUAUUUUAAUAAACUGCCAAUAGUCCCUCAGAGCAUGACACCAUAAUAUAUGUCAAUUUUGCUUUGACUAUAUUUCAACUUAAAACCAGUGUAUAAUUGUUUAAGUUAACAUUUUCAUUAGUUUCCAAUUCCAAUUUAUGAAUAUAUUUAGUUUUAAGAAUGUGUUAACACAAUGUUUCCUAUUUUAGUCAUUUUUAGGAUGAACAAUAGAUAGCCUUAUAGAUUAUCAUACAAUUAUAAUGAUAAAAAUUAAAUUCUAUAAAAUUAAAAAAGAAAUUACAAUAACUUAUUGAUUAAAUUAAUUUCAAUCUUUGUGUUUUAAUUCAUUUUUUUAUGAUUAUUUAUUCCCAGGGGCCAAUUAUAAGAUUCAAAAUAUUUUGUUGUGUGAUUUAUUAAUAUUAAGUUAGUAAGCUUUUUUUGUUGCUCAUUUUUACUUUAUUUGUAAUUCAUAAUUAUUAAUUGUUAUUUUGUUUCCACCUUAUUCAAGUGUUUUAAAUGUUAUGCCAAUCCAACCAUAAAAAGAAAUGCUAUAAACAUAAUUUUUGUACUGUAAAAUUGCGUAUAAUUUCUUUUAUUUUUAAUUUGUUCCUUUAAAUAUUUAGAAAAACACUUAGGAUACAUAAUUUCCAAAAACAUAAUAUUAUAGUGAUUAGGUGUUUAACCGGGAAUUGCCUGUGCCAGUUUAUUUUUUCCUUUUUAACCAUUUGAAAACAGAAGUUUUAAAAAAUCCUUUCAAAGUCUGAAAUUGUGAAAAAGAAUUUAAUGUCAGUGGCACAUUUUUAUUUUAUCCAUGUCUUCCUGAGUAAAACAAUGGAUAUAUUACUUUUUUCUAUUAUUAUGUCCCAUCUAUGUCAAAAAGGUAACCCAUUGACUAAUAAAAUAGUUGAUUUUUGUUCCAAAAAUACCAAAAGCCCUGUGUCAGUCACCUUUAGCGGUUAAAUUUUGGAAAUUUGGCUUUGGUGUUCACAUGGACCCAGGUCUCCGCGUGUAAUAGGUUUGGCUUUAUAUUGCUAUGUAACAAACACUUUUUUAUUAAUAAUAUCAGUAUUAUAUUAAGUAUAUAUAAGUAAUAUAUAAUAUAUAUUUUUUUGUUUUAUAUAUAUAUGUAUAUAUAUAUGUAACUAUGAACAAUGACAAAAAUAAUCUAAAAUUAAAAUCAAACAAAUGUACAUUUACAUAUAAUAAUGUAUUAUUAAAUAUUAUAUUUAAAAUAAAACUAUAUAAUGUAUGAUAUUCAAUAUACUGAUGUGAUAAGUAUCUGUGUUAAGUUAACUUAAAAAUUGGAUAAUAUAUUAUAUAGAAUGAUUUAUUUAAAUCCAAACACAUGAUUCCAUUAAUCUAUGCAAUUUUAACAUUUUGUAUUUCUGUUAUUUCAUUGAUUCUUACGUAUGGUGGUCUCUUAUGGUUGUUACAUAAAAAAUUCAUAAUAUUAUUGUGCAUUUUUUUUUUUUAUCAAAGAAAUAAAAUACACUUUCCUAUUUUUAUUUCUAACUCGUUAAUAUUUCACUACCUAUUUGUUAGUUUAAAAUAAAUUACAAUAUAUUAUCAUUAAAUCAUAGACAUGCAUAGGCAUAAUGCAAAUGACAUUAUAGUAAUAUAGUUUAAUA